UGAUCACAUUGUUCAGUGGAAUCGCUGGUAUCGCCGCCCCAAUCCCCGCACUUACGCCGCUACGCCGCCCGCGUCCGCCACCACCUCCUAUCUCCUCAUCUCAGCUCCACCCGAAGGGAUGCCACUGAUUACUCGCAGGUUCCCUAGUCUCCGGUCGUCUCCUUCGACCCCGAUCCCUCUUCGCAACCCAUUGUCCUCUUCCCACCCCGCGAGCCAUUGGAGGAUGGGGAGGAAGCACAGCAAGCCUCGCUCGAUCAGCUGUACCGUCUGGUUCCGCCCCUGCAUCGACAUCCACAAGGUUAAAGUGAAACAAAUCGUGGGAUCCACGCUUCGUGAUUCGACAGACGGCGGCGCGUCGGACCUGGUGACCAACUUCGAGUCGGAUAAGUCGCCGGCAGAGUUUGCGAAUCUGUACAAGAAGGACGGGCUCAAGGGUGGCCAUGUCAUAAUGCUUGGCGCUGACGCCGCAAGCCAAUCUGCGGCCUUCGAGGCCCUUCGUGCUUACCCUGGUAACUUCGUGAUCAUCCAUAGUUCCUUCUACGUUCAUUUCAUCAAUGUCCAUCUUGCCAAAUUGGAGACUUAUGUGGGUCGACAUAAAGAUUUGACGCAUUAUCAUUCAAGUGGUAUGCAAGUUGGAGGUGGGAUCAAUGCAGAUAAUGCCAUGAAUUAUCUUGAAGAAGGGGCAAGUCAUGUGAUUGUUACCUCGUAUAUUUUCAGCGAUGGGAAGAUGGACCCUGAGCGACUUAAACAUCUUGUCAAUAUGAUUGGCAAGAAUAGACAUGUGUUGGAUCUUAGCUGCAGAAAGAAGGUAUCCAGGUUUAGAGCUUUUGGCGGAUAGCUGCAAAGGUGAUGGUGAGGGGAAGGUAGUGGCAGGGAAAGAUAAAAGAGAAAGAGAAAAGAAGGGAAAGUAAUGUUGCCAGAACUUACAUUUGCUUUAUUCACUAGCAUGGUUUUCAGAAUUUGUGGCUGGAGAUGAGCACUACAUUGGCAUAUGACUGAAUACAAGAGUUGAUUGAGAUGAGGAUUCUCUCUAAUGAGAUCCACAGUAGUAGAUAUAGUGAUGGUAUGUUGCACUGCCAUUAUUUGUGAUUUUUUGUUGAUUGACAUGACAGUUAAAAUCCUCAAUACAUUGCAACGAUCAUGGUGGAAGUAAGAGUAGUAGUUGUUGUCAAUUUAUUCAGCACAUUAACUUAUUGUUGUUAUGAUGGAGAAAUCACUGUAGACUAUAGCUACAGAUAAUGCUGUAAGCAUAAGCAUUGCGAUUA